AUGUCGGAAGCUGUGAAGGCAGCCUUGGCCGCACGUAGGGCAGCUGCGAAGCUAUCCUCAGCCAAGUCCGCAGACGAUGAUGCCCUCAUUCAGCCUUUCGGCACGCCAAAGAAGAAAGGAGAAGAUCUGACGGCAGGGCAGACAGCACCUAGCAUCGAUGAGUCGCUUGCUUCGUCCGACCUUUGGAUAUCCCAACGUGCAGAGGGCGAGCUUCUCUUCAAGAGCUGCUGGACCGGCAGAUUGAAUCUUUCCUCGCGCCAGCCGGCUUUCAGGACCCUCCCGCUUUCCCUGUUCACCUUGCUGGAUGCCGAUGCACCUCAAUGGUACGAAGAUGGGUCGGAAAAGAUCGGGGAAAGAAGGGCGUGGUAUGAGAGACAAGAUCUACAGACGCUGGCGGCCGCAAACGGCGAGCUGCAAGCGGUCGAUGAUAGGCUGGCCGAGUUUGCCAGCUUGGUUCGUUUAGAUUUCAUCAACCUGACUACCCUCAACCUAUCGCGGAACGCCUUUACCUCUUUUCCAGUCUGUGUCUGCUCUCUCGACUGCCUGAUUGAGCUCGACCUGUCUUACAAUAAGCUCGAGACACUCUGGACAGACGCCCAAGUCUCCACUGCGAGAGAACAGCGUCGGGACUGGGACAACGAGAACGCGGACGAGGAUGGGGGCAUGUGGAGUGGUCUUCUUGCACGCCCCGACAGUCCGACCAAACGGCAACGCCCCGCCGCCCCCGUUGGCCCAGAGCUUUACCAGCCCAUGCGAUCGUUGCGUUAUCUCAGACUUGCACACAAUCGCCUGGGUAACGCCACCCUGGGGCUUCCCGUGCCCGAGGGGUCUGGUACGCCCACUCCGUAUACGUGGCCGCCCGCUCUGCUGGAAUUAGACCUCAGUGACAACUUCAUCAGGGGUCCUCUUCCUCUCACUUGGCUGGGACAGCUUAGAGACCUCUCGCAGCUAUCUCUCGGUGGCAACCGUAUCAACGACAACGUAUUUGAUCUGAACGGCGACCGACCUAUCCAGUCGCGCUCGCCCUUUUCGACACCUUCUCUCUUCCCCACACUACGAGCGCUUGAUCUCCAACGAUGCGAGAUCGAUGAUCUGCAACACAUUGAGCAGAUGUUUGGGUCUAAUCGCACGAUUUUUCCAGACGGACGGACACACAUGCUUUCAGCUACAUCGAUAGAGUCACCUGCUCCCGCCUUCGCCGUACAAGCCAGACAACUUGUACGCAUUUCGUCAGUCGAUGCAGCCCCUCAUGCCGAAGGACCAACAAGACUGCUUGGGCUUGUUUUGGACGGCAAUCCGCUGCGAGGCGAGAACUUCAAAAGGAAAGGAGGCACAGGUGGCAUAGGAGCAAAAAUCAGUCACAAUGGCUCCGAGAUAUCCGUGCAACCAGCCCAACUUGCUGGACGGUCCACCGGUUCAGCAGAUGGAGACAGGCCCCCGCACUUCUCCACCGGCCUUCGAGGUCGACGUGGCGACGGAGUCAAUCGCACUGGACUGAGCGACUGGGACGGUACCAUUCCCUGA